CUCGUUAGUAGCAAAAAGUAAAAUUAAAAAACCCUAAUAUUCCAGUUCAUCCCCAAAUCUUCCCAUACGAGUUGUGCGGAGUUUUCCACUGAAUCCAGACAGACAAUGGACCCUGACAUUGCGCGGUGGGUUGCGGAAUUCCACCUCCGGAGUUCCGCCCCCGAUUCCCUCGUCUCCAAGAUCCUUAGGGUCCUUAAUCUCUCCGGCGCCGAUCCCAAACUUAAGAAAACCCUACUCCUCCGCACCCUCCGAUCCCAACUCUGCAAUGCCUCAAUCACCGAAACCGCUCUCGAGAUACUGGAGCAAAUCGAAGCGAUUGACCGAAACGACGCCGUUCCGAUCAUCGAUUCCAUGCGCAGAGCCUACUGCGCCGUCGCCGUCGAGUGCACCGUCAAAUUCCUCCCCGCCUCCUACGACGGGACCACCAGCGGUGAGUACUUAUCCGCGGUGACGCGUAUCUGGCGCGGCCGCGUGGAGGAGCUGGAGCAGCGCCAGAGCGAGCUGUUCUUCGACGAGAUUGCGCGAUGGAGGGACGACAUUGAGGCCGCUCUUUUUGACACUAGGGUUUCUGAUAGGUUGAAGGAGUUGAAUACCCGAAACGACGCGUUUACUGAAGUUAGGUUUUAUCUGCAGGAAGUGUGGGAAACAAUGGGUCCUUCUUUUCUUGAAUCGGUAGCAGAAAUGACAAAGAACAAAGGAAAGACGAAAGGCAAGGGGAAAGAAUUGCCGAAUGUGAUUUUGAAUCCUGUGCCGGAGACUAGAGUGGUAGGGUGUACGACAGGUGUUUGCAGAAAUGCCUCUGGUGCUGAACAGGCAAGGGAUCAUGGUGUUGAUGACAAUGGUGACGACGACAAUGAUGGUUCACGUUGCAUGGACGGUGUGGAGGUGAAGAGAGCUGAAGGUUCUGUUGAUGGAACCCAGGAGCCUGCAAAGGAGAAGAAAGCAAGAGGCAAUCCUCUUCAACGCAAGCCGCCUGCAUUUCGUAGAUGCAGUAGAGGAGUUAAAAUGUCUAGUGCUGAGGAAUUGGGGACAGAAAGAUCAUGGAGAAAAAAUGAUACUGUGCUAAGUGGAGAAGUUAAAACGGCCCGAGAAUCUCUUAAAUCAAGUUUUUCAGAGCUACGAGCAUUGGUCAAUGAUCCUCUUCCUGAGGCAUUAGAUAUAUCUGAUGCUGUUAGAUCUAAACUUGCACGGAAAGGUACAAAUCAUGAACAGCCAAUGGAAAACCAUAGCAGAGAUGUAGAUGUACCAAACUCAAAUACUUGCAUGGCUAUUAUUCCUUAUCAACCUAAAGAUGCCGAGCACAAGAAGUUGCCUUCUGUUCAUCAUAGUAGAGUUAAUGCUGAACGUCCGAAUUCAAUUGAGCCGAACAAUACUGCUCAUAAAAGACCCAGUUUGAUGGAGCCGAAUGGUACUUCUCAAACUUAUGAGUGGAAUGAUUCAAUAGAAAACAUGCCCAAUGGAAUGCAGCUAAGAAGGAAGAAAAGAAAAUGGUCUUCAUUGGAAGAGGAGACACUAAGGACUGGCGUACAAAUGUUUGGUGCAGGAAAUUGGAAAACAAUUCAAAGUUUUUACAGUGAUGUAUUUGAACAUAGACUAGCAGUUGAUUUGAAGGACAAGUGGAGAAACAUGAUGCGGUAUUGAUGGACAUGUGUAUAUCUUAGGGAGGUUCUAACUUCUAUGGAUGCAACCAAGUUUUUUUGAAGAGGGAUCUAUGACCUAAGUACCAACUUUGCUGCCAAUACACUUCAGUUUUAUACCUGGCUUUAAGAGCUCAUAUAAAGGUUAGUCUACUUGUAAAUAAAUCCAAUCUCCAAAAAUACUUUUUAUAUAAACUAGAAGGAAUUACCUUCUAAAAGAUAAGAUCUUAGUUCAAACUUCAAGAAAACAGUGUUUUUUUUUUCUUGUUGUUUAAUCUUAACAGAUAAGUUCUAUGGCUCUAUAGAUAAUAGUUUCUUUUAACGAAAUUUACAAUUAUAAUAAUUCAGUUUAAGUAAAGAGUCAAGUUUGCAGUUUUCUUGCUUCCGGACCGUACCUAUGCUAUUUUCAUCAUGCGGGAAAAAAAAAGUAUUAUCCCUGUCACUUUAGCCAUUCCGUUUAAGAGUGUUCCAGACCCUAAUAAUUUUCAGGUACAUAAAUCCAAGAUUAUUUGGGAAGCUUGAGACAGAAGGAAAUGCUGCCAAUUUUGUUGCAAUUGAUUAGUACUAUGUAUAGAGAUAUAGUUAGAUGGUGCGUUUCGUCUUCUGGAUAUCCUUUGCAUUCAGUGUAAAUCUUAGAUCUUUUAAUUAAGUGUAUUUUGUGUUGGUAGUAGGUAGAUAGGGUAAUAGUGUAUUACUCCAAAUAUUGCAUUAUUACUACUCACUAGCAAGUGCAACUCGCUACCCUUUAUCUUUAACUGACUAAUAUAAUUUAAUUUUCUGA